AGAUACUUACAUACACAUAGGACGACAGCUUCUCGAUUAUCAUGCAUUUCUAUUUUCUUCGUUUCGUUUUUUCAUCUGCUUUAGCAUGUCUAAUGAGACCUAAAAACAUACGAGUCCUCUUGUAGUUGUAUCCGAUGCUGAGCAGAAUCUAAUUUACUUGAUCUUCAUGAUGAAAAAUGUAAAUUUCGUUUGCAGCUGACUGCUAGUGGAGACCUGCUAACUGGCGACUUCUUACCCUGUAUCUGUGCAAAACCAGCGCGUGUAAUUGGCCUGCUAAGGUUGCGUGCUUACAGGCCACGUCAUCGCGUACGAAUCUAUAGACCAGCUGGGAGAGGCCGCCAAACACUUCGAUCUGUGAUCUUUAGCAGCGACCACCAAGUAUAAGACGAGCUCUACUUCGUUAUUAUCUUCGUUGCACAUCGACACCAAGGCCGUCCUCGUCAAAAUGGCACUAGCUACAACUGCGACAGCCGGUGCGCCAGCCGAUGGAGCCAAAGCUACUGUGGAGUCAGCAGCCAGCUUCCAGGUCAUGGUAACUGGCGAACUUGAAGGCGCGCAGGUAUCUUCUGCUACUCAUACUGAACACGAACAAGAUGAAGAUGAAGAACAUUCACGGAAUACUCAAGAAUAUACUUAUCCACCUUGUGAAGCUGCCCUUACUCUUUUAUCUUCUUCAUCAAAUUCAAACAACAGCUCGGUUCCUCGGGGCGAGGGCCGCUUAUGUGCGUUUUCUCAUUUCAGUCGGGUCAUGAUUGGACAGUUGUGCAGGGCACGACACAGGUGCAUUUUCUACUGUACUGGAGGAACUUAAAAUUAUGCGUUUUUUUUAUGCAACUGCAACAUCUUCAUACUUUUACAACACCAACAUUACAAGGAACUUGUUCUAGAACUACUACAUUUACAUCAAAAACGUGUUUUACGAGAAUCAAUUAUGAUUCUUUUUUAUCUUUUGCAUUUGUGAAACAAAGUCUAUCUAAAACCAUCAGGGAAUAACGCAGCUCGCAUGCAGUGCGCAUCCAACAACGAAAGUAAGUGGUCUUUUCCAUGGCGAUCCGCGGGAAGUCGUUUGGAACUUCCCUAUUGGAGUAACCUACAAGUCGACCAAUGCUUAUGGAUGGCCACGGCUGAUCGUAUUUUGGCUCUGCUUUCCAAUUUUUUUUUCUUACUUUAACGCAUGCAAUGCCAAUUAUGCUUAGAACAAAUGGAGGAAAAAGAACGGUGGUUUUUCAGAUUCAUAUUAGCUUGAGUGCUAGUCGAAGUUGAAGAUUUUCACUCACCUACAACAUGAUAUACUUCGUCAGGUUUCAGUAUACGGUACGGAUCUCUGUAAUCGACGAGUCAUCAAAGGUUAUGGAUCUAUCCAUGUGCCUUGCACGCCUGGCCGCCACGAGAGGACCAUAAGACUCUUUCGGCCGAUUUCGAGGUUCUAUUUAUAUAUCGGAUUUGUUGAAGAUGAAAAAUAUUUUAGUCGUGUGUGUUUGCUUAAGAAUGAGAUUGCUACGCCUAGUCGUGGCUGCCAUGGUGUCGAUAUUCACAUCUUCCUAUCGAUUAGUCUCAGGUUUAGAUGUAGACUUCCAAGAUCAAGAAUCUACGUUGGCAUACUCCUGUAAUCCACAUCGCAUUCAGUUCUUGGCUGGUCCGGUUUCUUGGCUGGCUGGGGGGCAAUCCCGCUCAAUUCGUGGAUCCAAGGAUAGUUGCUGGGACGGAAGGCCGCGAGGUCGUGCGGGUACAAUCUGGAGGGAAAGUCAAAGUCAUUUUUAACGUUCUCGCAAAGGGGCAUAAGGAAUUCAACUACGACCUGGGUGGAGGCUGACAUGGAUGUACAGCACUAGAACCUCAUUGUCAAACAUCCCCAUGCAUGUCCUACUUGCAAGAACUUCCCCCUUCACCUUCAUUCCAUCCAGCUUAUAUAUGACUCAGGGCCGAACGCCCCCCCCUCCCUCCCCCUGUGGUGUGGUCGGUGGUGGCGCGCCCGCGCGCUUUUCCGCGCGGAUUUUUCGCGGAUUCUAGUGGUGGAAGGCGUCAAAACUUGGCGCGGGCCUCCCCUUGCGCUUCUCAGCGUGUUCCUAACCGCCACGGUCGCAAGAGCAGGCAAGCCGAUGGCCAAGGGCCCGGAGGGUACAGGCGGCACGGCUCCAGGGGUCCAGCCCCUCGCCUUUUGCCGUCUUCGGAGGCCUCCCGCUGCCGGUGCACUGCUGCGGCGGCGAAGCCUAGCGGAUGCACUGAGGGCACAGGCAGGCACCUGGGAGGGGGCGCCGGCGGUCCCGUGGGCCCCUUUUGUCUGUAGCCCUCUAACCCUUCAAGUCUGUCGGGUACAUGGAAACGAGAAGGAGGCAGCGAGCCCCCUGGUCCCCCCUUGAGGCCUUCCACCUACUUCCCAGGCCUCCAGGGGGCACAAAGCUCCUGGAAGGGGCCGGGGGUGGCCCCUUGGCCCCCUUUUUAGGCCUUCCUCCCCCGGCAGACGCCUCCUAAAGGGGUCCAGGGCGCCCGCCCCCCCCCCCCCCCCUAGGGGGGGGGCGUCGCCCCGCGCCCCUACAUAAUAUUUUUUUGAAGUACAUUGUUCAAUCCUCAUGAUCUCUUGAUAGACACUAUCGUUAUGAUUGCGAGGACCAUCCUGAUCCUGUUCGAAGAAAGUAAC